AUAUUCCUGGGAUUUAAUAUCGAUGCUCUGUUGUUCUUCAACUAGAUUUUUAUCUCUAAGAACUGUUAGCUUAGCUUCUUCUUUUUUUGUCUCAAAACAAUCCUCUUUAAUUCCCAAACAUACCCUUUUCCAUAAUUCAACUGUUCCUUUCAUCUCUCAGUCUCACUUCAAUUAUAAAACACCAAAUUCGAAAUCGGUUGUUUGUUCUUCAAGAUUUAAUCAAUCCAUGGCUGCAUCAUCUGAGCAUAAGUCAGUUCAUGAUUUCACUGUAAAGGAUGCUAGGGGAACUGAUGUUGAUCUCAGUACUUACAAGGGGAAAGUUCUCUUGAUUGUUAAUGUGGCUUCACAAUGUGGUCUGACCAAUUCGAACUACACUGAGCUGGCUCAGUUGUACCAGAAAUACAAGGAUCAAGGCUUGGAGAUUCUGGCCUUUCCAUGCAAUCAGUUUGGAUCUCAGGAGCCAGGGACCAAUGAACAGAUAGUGGAAUUCGCCUGCACUCGUUUCAAGGCUGAGUAUCCAAUCUUUGACAAGGUGGAUGUGAAUGGUAACAAUGCUGCUCCUGUCUACAAGUUCUUGAAGUCUAGCAAAGGGGGACUUUUUGGGGACAGCAUCAAGUGGAAUUUUUCCAAAUUCCUCGUCGAUAAGGAUGGGAAUGUUGUCGACCGUUAUGCUCCUACUACUUCCCCUCUUAGCAUUGAGAAAGAUGUGAAGAAACUGUUGGGGGUUGCAUAAGUGGUGCGAGGCGGGGCUGAUCCGAGUGGUGGAAAUAAGUGAAGAUAGCACACAGAAUAAGCACCAUGAAGAAGGGAUGUAAAUGUAUGGCCUGUUUGCCAGAUAGAAACAUAUUAAGAUAUGAUACUAUGUUGAAGAUGGUGUUUUUGAACUAAAUGAUUCUGUAUUCCUGUCUAUUUUUGGACUCUCUACUUGCUCCAAAAAUUAUCCUUUUGUAUAAGUUCGAAUACUUUUUUUCGCUGAUUAUGUAAAUUCAAGUGCUGCUGCUUUUAGUA